AUGAACAACCACGACCAGCAGCAGCAGCAGCCAGCGGCGGCGGUGGCUCCUGCUCCUGUUGCCGAGACCACGCGCCGCAGACGCCGCGCGGACGGCGGCAAUCGACCGGCGUCCAAGAAGCUGACGCUGCGCCCAGGCGUCGUGCUCUUCGACCCGAAGGACCUGGAAGGCAGCGGCGGCGACUGGCGGCAGUCGUCGCUGACGGUGGAGCUGCUGGAGGACAACCAGGAGGACGACGGCGAUGACGAUAAAGACAAUGAGGAGGACAACCAGGAGAACAAUGAUGUGGAUGCGGCAGACCCGGACUCGCCCACCGCCAAGCGAGUGCGGCUGCGCGCGCGCGUCGUCGAGGAGAUCUGCGAGACGGAGAAGAGCUACGUGAGCGACAUCCGCACGCUGCUGGACCACUACAUCGUGGUGCUCGAGGACAACGCGCACCCCAUCAUGCAGGACGCUCAGAUCGCCGUCUUCUUCAACAACCUGCGGCACCUCGUGCUGUUCAACUCGAAGCUACUCACGGACCUGCUGGAGAUCAGCCCGGUGGCUGUCGUCGUGCAAUGCGAAGCCGAAGGCGUCGGUGCCGUCUUCUGCAGGUACGCGCCGCUGUUCAAGCUGUACGGAGGUUACGCCAAGGAUUACGAGGAAGUGGCGGCGCUGCUGCAGAAUUUCGGCCGCGACACGAGACUGGGGUUCAGAAAGUUUCUGGAGAACUGCAGGGAACGCAGCGGCUCGUCCAAGCCGUUUGAGAGCCUCCUGAUCAUGCCCAUCCAGCGAAUUCCACGCUACAAGCUGCUCCUUGAGCGUCUGAGCGAACUGACGCCGCCCGAUCACCCGGACGCAGCGUUCCUGAUUGAAGCGGUGAAUCGUAUACGCGCCACGGCGUCACUUAUUAACGAGACCGUGCGUCGACAGGAAAAUCUCGAGACGGUGUUACAAGCCCAGCAGAAGUUUGCAGGACAGCUCUCGCUAUUCACUGCAGAUCGGCGGCUGUUGAAGUCGGGAAAACUCACCAAGAUGUCGACCAAGCGACAGGAGGAAGUCAUGAUUCACCUAUUCAACGACAUUCUGCUCUACAGCGGCGUGUUGAUUACCGGCGGAUACCGCGUGAGGCGGAUCGUGUACCUGCACUCCAAAGCAGUGGGCGUCAAGACGGAACUACCCGCAGCAGUACAGGCACUGUUCGAGCAGCAGUCGCGUCGACGGAUUCACAAGGACUGUGGCUUUGUGGUUACCAGCCGAGAGAAAACGUUUAUUCUGUUUGCAGAGACUCCAGGCAUUCAGCGGGAGUGGGUAGACGCCAUUGCGAGCGCUGUGAAAGAUGCUCAGAAGCUGAAACAAGCGAAGCGAGGAGACUCUGGUGACGCUGAUGGGGGAAACCCCGAGGCGUGUGAGGGACCAGCUGAUGCUGCUGCGCUUUGGGUUCCUGAUGAGAUCGCCGACGUUUGUACUAUUUGCAAGGCCUCCUUCCGCGCGUACUACCGGAGAAAACACCAUUGCCGCCGCUGUGGAACGGUGGUGUGUGGCACCUGCUCUUCUGGACGCGCCCCGUUAUUUGUUGGAGAAUCGUCGCGUGCGGAGAGGGUGUGUACUCAUUGUUUCAAGAUCAUUGAUCUCGUGCGUCAAAUUGCGAUGCAUUGGUUAUCGAGAGUAGUGGAAUUUCGGGGAGUGUUGCGCCGCCGUCGCUUGAACAAGUGGACGGAACACUACUACGAACUUCGCGCUGGAGUACUCAAGCAGUACGCACUGGAAACAGCAGCCACGAGUGUUACGCCAGUGGCUCAGAAUGGCAACGGUGCGGGUUUUGCUAGCUCCGGAAGUGGGGGCUUGGUUGCUGUUGGAGCGCCAACGAGUGCCAGCGCUGCUUCGUCGCCAUCAUCGUCGCUUCUUUCAUCGUCAGCGUCAGGGAUGGCUACAUUGCACGAAAGUGAGUGGGUCUUACGCCGCAUGUCGUCGCUGGACCGUGGGCGCGUCACGGAUGCAGAGCUGUCGAUGGAGCUUGCUCAAGCGGCAGGAGAAGACCGUGAAGCGUAUUUGCUGGAACGUCGUCGCCGCCAGAUUUUGAAGGAGAUCAUUCGCUCCGAGGAGAGCUAUGUUAAAUGCUUGGGGGAAUGCAUCCGGCUGUUCGUGCAACCGCUGCUGUUGAGGCAGCUCGAAGGACGGCAGAUGUAUCGCCGCCGCCAAAACAAGCGCAGAUCGUCGUUGCGAUCUGUACCUGUACUCGGAGCUGCAUCUGCUCGCUCGGCUCGUGGCCACCGUCGGGCUGGAAGUAGCGGUAACAUUGGUAUCACGAAAGGUGGUGGCAGCAGCAGUAGCCUGCACACGCCGACGUUGUCGACGACUGCAACCCCCACAACCAAGAUGUUGGUCAUGGACGCAGACCUGUCGAUCUUUUUCAGCAGUGUGGACCAGAUCUACACGCUCAACCAGCAACUCUUGGACCAUUUGUCUCGACACCUCGAGGAAACCAGCGCCACAUCAACUCCAGCAUCGAACACAGAAGAUGGCCAGCAGGGCGUGCAACGAGAUGAAAAACCUGCUGGGUUUCCUGGCGUGAAAGUGCACCGAGCUGGCGCUAUCUUCCACGCUUACGCACCACUCAUGCAGCUUUACACGUCUUACGCAAGCCGCCACAGCUCCGCUCUAACUGCACUGGACUCGCCUCAAUUCGCAGGAUUUCUACGCGAGCUGCCCGAAGAAGCAGAUGCAAACCGUCUCAGGCGCUACCUCAACAUGCCGGUGGAGCGGAUACCGCGCUACAAGAUGCUCCUUCAGGAACUGCUUGGAUCCACUCCGCCCGAGCAUGUGGACUUCGUGCCCUUGCAGUCGGCUAUUCGCAGCGUGGAUCGUGUUGCCAGCAAGAUCGAGGAGAUCAGCGAGAGACGCGAGAACGUGCGCACUUUGGCGACCGUGAGUGCUAAGGUUGGGAUCGAUCUCAGUGGCCGACACUUCGUGCGCGACGGUAUGCUUCGCAAGGUUUGUCGAAGCAAGGUGCAGACGUAUUACUUCGUGCUGCUGGAAGACGCUAUGGUGUACGGGCGGCAAGGCGGUCUGCACAAGAAGUUCCGCUUGAUUGAUCUCUGGGAGUGCAAGGUGGCGGAAGAUACGGAGACGAUGCCGGGUGUGAUCACGACUGUUGUGAAUUCGAACAACGCAUUCUGCUUCUACUCGCCUCUCAAGUCGUUCAUCCUGUUGACCGAGUCGGAGCAAGACAAAGUGGGCUGGACAACUGACAUUCGCGAUUGCAUCGAGCGAAACCUCCGUGGACAGACACACCCGCGACGUGCCAGUGUUCGCUCGGAGCUGCUGAUGGACAAUGACGACGACUCAUCCAGUGGCUACGAGUUGGAAGGGGGCUUCGUUAUCAAGAAUGGCUGGUUGAACGUUCCGACAACGAGUAGCAGCGUUGGGAAGAAGCCGCGGCGGCUGUGGAUCACGCUGACGCUGCAAACGAUUUCGCUGGGCUCGACUUUCAAGACCGCGCAGCCUGAAGAGACCAUCCCGAUCGAGCUGUGCGAGGUCGCGCCUCUCAAGAACGAAAAGUGCUUCCGGGUGCAGUUCCUGCACGAUACGAAGCUGCGCACGCAGACGACCUACGUGUUCGAGGCGCUGUCUCUCGCGGAAAGAGAGGAAUGGGUUCGCGCGUUAACCCAUUGCAUCUCGGGGGGCGACGAGCUGGAUCUGCGCCGCCGCAGCCUCAAGACGGCCACGCUGGCCCCGAUCUUUAUGUUCGACAAGGUCUCCAACGUGUGCACCAUCUGCACGCACAGCUUCGCCGUGUAUCGACCGCGCCACCACUGCAGAUUGUGCGGGUCGCUCGUGUGCGGGAACUGCUCCCGUCGGCGGUGGACGCUGUCGUACAGCUCGAGCAAGAAGGCGUCGCGCGUUUGCGAUAGCUGCGCCGAGUCCACCAUGAGCAUCACGCGCUCGUUCGCCGGCGAGAUGUAGACUCGCCAAACUGCCAAACUGCAUCUUCAGAAAUUGGUCUUUGU